GUCUGGAGUACCUUCUUCUUCUUCUUCUUCUUCUUGACGAGUUGUAGUAACAGUUCCAACAUUGAUUCUCUAUCAAGAGCUGACUUGACAAUCUUGAACGUCACACACGUACACAAUGGCCCACCCGCGUCCCACCUCGCUCGCCCUCCUCAUCGGCGCCGGUCCCACCUCGGGAGCAGGGAUUGCCCGUCAGCUCGCCACACCCGUCUCUCAAGGUGGUGGAGGAAUGGCCGUCGCUCUCCUAGCUCGUAAUGCUGAGCGUUUGUCCACUCUUGCAUCGAACUUGAAGGCUUCUGUGCCGGGAGCGGUCGUGGGCGCCUUCCCGACGGAUACCUCGCCGGUGAAUCUGAAGAAGGCGUUCGAGGCGAUCAAGAAGCACAAGGACUUUGACGGAUGUAGAUUGCGUUUGGGCGUCUUCCACAUUAAGCAUUCAAGCAGAGAACCAUUCCUCGAAACUACACCCGAGUCGUACGAUGCGGCUUUCUCCGAGUACAACACCGGCGCGUUCGUCUUUGCGCAGGAGAGUCUCAAGAGGAUGUACGAGGAGGCGGGCGGGAUGAAGCCCCUGGACGAGACUGGGGGUGAGAAACUGGGCACGAUCAUCUUCACUGGGACACUCGGAGCCUUACGUACGAGUGCAAUGUACUCGGCGUACGGCGGAACGAGGAGUGCUGCCCGUUCACUGGCACAAGCAGUCGCCAAGGAGCACUCCCAGUACGGCGUACACGUCGUUCACGCUAUCGCCAAUGGGUCCAUCAUCGACACGGACAACGAAGAGCACGAGAGUGCUAAAGAGGCUACAGAAAAGGGAAGGAAGAUGAGCGCAAAGGCUGUUGCGGAUACGUACCUUUGGUUGGCUAGGCAGGAGAGCACACUUUGGACGCACGAGCUCGAUUUGCGGCCCGCACAGGAGAAGUUCUAAAAGGCGUGUAUCAGUUCAAGAAGAGGCUCUCGCGCCAUUCAGAGUGCAAUGAGAUCACAGCUGGCUUUGUCUGCAAAGAAGUUCUCAUCUGUCUGCGAUGCUCAUCUUUCCCUCUUACCCAUCUUUGGCCUCAUCAUCGGACCGCCUGAGGUGAGCGAACUUGCCGCAGUCCACUGACACCACGCCGGGCAAUUUAUCGCUCGGGCAGGCGUCUGGAGAGUGCC